UCUACCACUCCAUCAUAACCAGUCUACAGCAUCUCGCAGUAAAGACAGCUAAGCAUUAAAAUGAAGCUUUCCAUCGUCUUCGUCUUCGCUCUAGCUGUUCUAUUGGCAAUUACUGGGCAAGCAGAGAGUAAAAACUUCUUCAAGAGAAUUGAGAAAGUGGGAAAGAACAUCCGCAACGCCGCUGAAAGAAGCCUGCCUACAGUCGUUGGUUAUGCAGGAGUCGCUAAACAAAUUGGAAAAUAAAUUAGGAAAACAACUUGCAUAUACAUAUUUAUUUAAUUUAUUAAACUUAGUGCCAUGUAUGU